AUGUUGCAUGGAGAGUAUACAAUUACACUUCAAGAUGUAGCCAUCCAAUUUGGACUCUCAAUUAAUGGAAGACCAUUGAUCGGGUCUCUAAAUUAUGACUGGGAACAACUUUGUGCCCUUCUUUUAGGCAUAACCAUGAAUGACGCCGUUCUUAAAGGAGGUUGUCUAAGCCUGCCAUGGUUAGCUGAUCAAUUUAACAACUUCGCCCAUCUACCAGACCAUGCAGAUGAAGAGGACCUGCAACGAUAUGCUCAAGCAUAUAUUCUCAAGUUGAUUGGAGGAUUGGUAUUUCCCGACAAAUCUAACAGCAGAGUGCACCUGAUGUAUCUUCCUCUCUUGAUGGAUUUUGAUGUUGUCGGGACUUACAGUUGGGGCGCUGGCUGUCUUACAUGGUUGUAUAGGCAACUAUGCAAGAGUGCAGUUAUAGAUGGAAAAGACAUUGUAGGCCCACUUUUAUUGAUACAAAUUUGGGCAUGGGAUCAAUUUCCUCUUCUAGCGCCUCAACGACUCCAUAGAUACGAGAAUAACUUAGGUGACAUACCACUUGCAGUAAGGUAA